AUGGUGGCUCUUUGCAAUCUCACAGGUGGCCUACAUUUACAACUGACUCACUGGGACCACAUGAGAUGUACCUACCUCAGUUACUCCAACACCACUCAUGCCAUCAAAGGGCACCAAGCCUGGCUCCCAGAACUCAACCAUGUCAACACUGUCAAGGACAUCUGCUUCUCUGAACUCAAACACCCAAGUGGGAACCCUCCUCCCUUCCAUGUACCAGUCCUAUCCAGCAAGAAUGAGCUACUGAAAUCAUACAGUUGGCUACCUUCAAGAGACACUUUGGCCAGUUUGGACCAUGAGGAUAACACUACUUCCUCCCUGCAGCAUUUCUCUCAGCAGCAAGAGGCCCAACCUCCAAAUCACAUUGCUGGCGAUCUGGACCCCUACCCCAAAUGGGAUUGUGUGAUGUCUGACAUUCAUGCUGUCAGCGAGAUCAUCAUCGACAUGGAUGCCAUCAGCACAGACCUCAAUACCCAACUGGAUGACACAACAGCCAAGGGGGGCACUGAUGCUACCCCAGUGGCCUUCACUUACACUUCCCCAUUGGAGUCUCCCCAAUUCAAUCCACACAAUGAAUACACACUGUCAACACCCAAGUCACCUAGUAGUGAGGCCCCUGACCCUCUAGGCAUGCUCAGCUCUACAGCCUUUGCCAUGAGUUGUGCCAUCAAGCCAGCAAUGAAGAACCUUGGACACUAUCUCGACCAGAUAGCUUUUGCAACUGGCAUAAUGAACAGAGUAGCCCUAGUCACUAGCAGCCAGGAACUCUGCAGCACUGAUGGUAUACUACUCAAACCAUAA